GAACGGUACCUCCACUAGCUGGCGUCAAGGGAAAAUCCAGUUUGCUGAUGAAGUCACCCCGGCGCAAAUGCUAUGUGUGUGACUAGCUCAACCUCCGUAGUCAUUGAAGUGCGCGGUAAAAGCAAGAAGCACAACAAAAACAUGUGGUUGCAGCCUUGAAGAAUUAACGCAUAUCAGAGAGACACACCCCUCUCCACACACUUGGAACUCUUAUAAGUCAUCUCCGACCAUGGGGUUGCGGUCGGAGCAGAAGAAGCACUUUCCACUCCAAGGGAUUGACGCGGUGGUAAAACUGUUUGAGGCUGAGCUACGGAACCCGGAACCGGACCUGGCUUUGUUAUCUCUUGUGUUAGGCUUUGUCGAACACUUCCUGGCCGUAAACAGAGUAGUGCCGGUGAACGUGCCUGGGGUGCGUUUCGAGCCCCUUCAGCCGGACUGCCCUAACUCCUGCUUCCCCGUUGUGGAAUUGGGUCUGCUGACGGCCAUGCAUGAGCGCUUCACAGCUCAGAUUCGAGGUGCGGUGGACCUGACCCGGUACCGGAGGUCGGGGGGCAUCUCCAGUCGGGAGUUGGUAAACAAAGUCUCCGAUGUCAUCUGGAACAGUCUCAGCCGCUCCUACUUCAAGGAUCGUGCGCACAUCCAGUCUCUCUUCAGUCUAAUCACGGGCACUAAGUUGGAUAGCUCAGGUGUGGCGUUUGCAGUGGUCGCCGCCUGCCAGGUCCUGGGGCUUUGUGACGUCCACCUGGCUCUCUCGGAGGACCACGCAUGGGUCAUCUAUGGUAAAGACGGCGAGGACACGGCCGAGGUCACAUGGCACGGGAAAGGGAACGAGGACCGGAGGGGUCAAACCAUCACCGCCGGAGUGAGUGAAAGGAGUUGGCUGUAUUUGAAAGGCUCGUACUUGAAGUGUAACCGCAACAUGGAGGUGGCUUUUAUGGUGUGCGCCAUCAACCCGUCUCUGGACCUACACACGGACAGCACCGAACUCCUGCAGCUGCAACAGAGGCUCCUGUGGCUUCUCUAUGAAAGAGGAGAUUUGGAAAAGUACCCCAUGGCAAUGGGCACGCUGGCAGACCUGGAGGACCAGGAGCCCAUCAAUGGCAAGGAGAGCCCCCUGAACAUCCACUUGAAGGCCGUGGAGUCAGCCAAGAAGUUCUACAACAACGAGCACAUCUACCCCUUCAUGUACCUGGCAGGGUACCACUACAGACACCGCGACGUACAGGAUGCCCUGGGGUCGUGGGCCGAGGCUGCCACAGUGGUGCAGGACUACAACUACUGUCGUGAAGAUGAGGAGAUCUAUAAGGAGUUCUUUGACAUCGCCAAUGAUGUGAUCCCCACCCUGCUGAAGGAGACGGCAGCGGAGGGGGGGGUAGAGGGGGCAGAGGGCACAACAGAGAAAACAGAAAAGGACUCACCAAGGCAGUCUGCAGUUCUCUCAGCACUACAAGACCCAGAAUGCUUUGCACACCUGCUGCGUUUCUAUGACGGCAUCUGUAAGUGGGAAGAGGGAAGCCCCACACCUGUGCUGCAUGUGGGCUGGGCCACCUACCUGGUGCAGUCUCUCAGUCGCUUCGACGCACAGGUGAGACAGAAAGUCUCCAUCAUCACAAAAGAGGCUGACGCCCAGGACGACGACGACCAGUCCAGUGACGACCCCCGUGAGGGUCGCAGGCGGGGCCCGCGUCGCGAGUCCAAACUGGACGACCAGCCUUCGCUGCUCCCCCCGGGCCAGACCCCCGUCCCUCUGCCAACCCCGGCUGCCCCCCCCAAAAAGAUCGGGGGCGCAGAGGGCGGGGGCCGCCGCCGCUCCUCCCAGGGAGCUAGGGGGGCGGAGCCUGAUGCCAAAGCCCGCACCAACACGCCGAGCCCCACCCCUCCCUGUGCCCACCAAGCCGGGGGGGCGGGCAGCGGCCCCGUGGUGGCCUUCUACAGCGAGAAGAUGAAGGGCAUGAAAGGGCUGCUUUCGGCCGCCAAGGUGAACUCUAGCGCCAUCAAGCUGCAGCUGACGGCACAGUCACAGGUGCAGACGAAGAGGCAGAAGCCGUCGGCGUCUGGAGACUACACACUGUCCUUCAUGAAGCGACCGCGAAAGACACUGUAGGGUGGCAGCAGCAGCAGCAGCAGCCGCCAAUACCACAGUGCUGGUUGUCAUGGCUCCAUCCAGCUGAGAGAGAGAGAGAUGAUGAUGAUGAUGAUGAUGAUGAUGAUGGGAGGAGGGCAGAAGUCCAGGCCAGCGCUAGCCUCUGUGUUCUGCAGCGCCAUGACGUGGAAGAGUUCUGCCCGGAGGAGUUGCCUGGAAAUCUGCUGUCUCUUGCUUCUUUUGUUCCCCCUUAAAGGCUUGUGGUUAACCUCCUGAGUAAAGGAUACAAACAAAAAAGGUUGCAGUGCAGCUCUUGUGUUUUUACUGUGAAAGCAUGGAAGAGUCUGUGUUGAGCUAAUCGCGAUUUCUUCAAAUGAUUCCCUCAGUUGAUGUGACCAUGCAUGGAGUUUAUUCCACUGUAUAGGGAGGGUCUGAGACAUAAGGGUUGUACUUUUGUGAUCUGGCUCCUCGUAAACUUUUGAGAAUGUUUAGUAUGAAGGACAGAAACCAAAGUCACUUGUUACAAGUGUGCAUCUAUUUUUUAGCAUUUUUAAAAAGUGAUUUAUUUUUUAUGCUAGUGACAUACUUCAGAUAAAAUGUGUAGGUUAUUCUACAUUUUUGGUAUCUUAGCACUUUUUACAUAUUCAGCUGUGCGAUUAGCCUUCAGAAACUUACAUUUUCAUUUCAGUUGUUGCCAUAACUGUGCACGUCUUUGUAUAGGUGGCCUUUAGUGUAACGUAAUGUUACUAAAACGUCGAAUUUGCAUUUGUCUUGGAAUUUCCAUUGUAAUUGUGCUGAAGUCUCAUUUCCUGUCAAUAAACUAAUAAAGUUCACGAGAUUGACA